CAGACUACUUAUCCCGCCCCCUUACCCCAGAGCCACGGUAGGCUGGCGUCAACCUUUUCCUGACUAUAUAAAAACAACAAUGCACUACUAAUCGCGCUGUAAAAAGCAAGAAGACCAACGCAAUGCAGGUGCCAGUUUCGGGGGGACAGUCUUCGGCAAUGCAUAGCUCCAACAACAGACCUCAGUUCGGACGCUGGUUGAUAGAGCAGGUUGACAGUCAGCAGUUUGAGGGCUUGCACUGGCUCGAUGCUCAAAGAACAAAAUUCCGCAUCCCAUGGAAGCACAACUCCAGGAAGGACUGCAACGAUGGAGAUAAUAUGAUCUUCAGGGCAUGGGCAGUUACCAGUGGGAAAAUUUUAGAGAACCCGAAUGACAAAGCCAAGUGGAAGACAAAUUUCCGCUGCGCGCUUUCCAGCCUCAAAAACCAGUUCAAACAGUUACACGACAACUCCAAAGAUUCCGAUAACCCUCACAAAGUGUAUGAGCGGAUCGUCAUAGCUGAUUAUAGAAACAGCUACGAAAACCAUACAGUGCAAGAAUUUCAGGGGAACCUAAGUUAUCCCAUGAUUGAGGACAUCUACACAGAUUUCCCUCCUGAAGAUAUCCUGCACGAUGACCUGUUAAGCAACAUGAUCACCUUAGACCUGAAUCACCAGCAGCAAGAUCCCCAGCCUUGGGUUGAGAGCUAUCCUCAAAACAAUCAAGUGCUGCCUACCCCACCUGUACCAGUGGAGUCCACGCAGCCUGUCUCGCAGAAUAACUCACCUGUCCCAGUGGUGCAGCCACACUAUCCAGUUCUUCCUCUGCCCCUCUUCUGGGAGUUGGAGAUCUCCAUCCACUACCGCAGGAAAGAGAUGCUGAAGACCAGGGUGUCAGCACCACUGGUCCAGCUCCACUACCAGCAUGAGAUCGGCGACCUGAGCGGCCAGCCUGUUUGCUUCCCCAGCACCGAGGGCCUCCUGGACCACAAACAGAUCAAGUUCACCAAGCGUCUACUGGAAAGCAUCCAGAGGGGUCUCCUUUUUGAGGUGACCCAGGCUGGCAUCUUUGGGACCCGCCAGGGCAUGUGCAAGGUGUUCGCCAGCACCCACCACCCUGCAGAGAGCCAAGCUGAGGAACCCAGGAAGCUGGUGCAGAACGCCAGGGAGCCCCUGCUCAGUUAUGAGAAAUUCAUAAAAGACCUGAUGGACUUCAAAGAAAAUAAGCGGGGAUCUCCUGAUUACACCAUCUACCUGUGCUUUGGGGAGAAAUAUCCAGAUGGAAAGCCUCUGGAGAGGAAACUCAUUGUCGUCAAGGUGGUGCCGCUGAUCUGCCGCGAGCUUCACGAGCGCGCUCAGAUGGACGGGGCCUCGUCCCUCAACUCCAGUGUCAGCCUGCAGAUCUCCCACGACAGCCUUUUCGACCUCAUCAGCGCCACCUUCAGCGUGCCCAUGCAAGAGUGAACAGACUUGAGGGUCCGGACCCUGACUGACCUCAUGCCAUCCUCCGACGCUUCUCCUCGUACUGAUUACAAGGGCUGUUUGAAGGGCAAAUUAGUUUAAAUGACAUAAAAAAAAAAGUUCAAUAACUUUUAGUCUACUUUCAUGUUAUAGUCUCUCGGCAGCUAAUCUAUCUCUCUCAAUUUUCACAUAUUUCGAGUAAUGUGCGCAGUGUUGUCUGGUCUACACGUGUCUGGCCUGGUCUAUACAGAUAAAAAAAAAAAAUGUAGAAAAUGUAUAAAGCAUUGUGGCUCAGUGCCCACUCCAAAUAGGUCAGAGUAAAGUUUGUUAAUGAUCUGGUGAAAUAUAUGAUAGAGGUGGACGAUGUCUUUUUCAGGGCUAAGGUACAUUGUGUUACCUUUGGAGUUAUGUUCUCUUGUGAAGAAUUUCCUAAUUACCCCCAUGGGUUGUAAAUAUUAUAAGAACAUUUCUUGCUUUUCCUGUUAGUUUUGGAUAAUGAGUCUUUUGAAGAUGUCCAUUGUGUGGUAAGCAUACUUCAAUUCAAACGUCUAUCUGUGUUUAUCUGUGUACCGUCUUUGACUUGUUUUAUUUGCAUGCGUUUUUUUUUUUUUUUUUUACCAUUGAGAAUAAUAAAGAAGGAGAAGUACAA